AUGACACUCACCCCGCCGUUUGUAAAUCUCCUAUGGUGGAGCAUAUCCGAUGUCGAGGGCUAUACUCGCACAAAGCAUACUUAUAUCCCCAUGCGGGAUGGGGUUGAAUUGUGCGCUGACCUCUUCCUACCUUUCGCCGCCUCUAAGGAGGGUAAACAGAUCCCCGUGAUCUGUAGCAUGGGACUGUAUGGCAAGGACAUUCAUGCGUCCACAUUUGGACUCCCCAAGACCCCGAUUUACGCGGAAAUGUACAAGCACAUCAAAACACUGGGGCCAGAUGCUGCAUUUGAGCUGUGCGAGCCUACUAUCUGGUGUCGGGAAUAUGGCUAUGCUCUGCUCCGCGCUGAUGUGCGGGGCGUUGGAGGCAGUCAAGGGAAACUCGAUCCCUCUGCUACUUCGGCAUGGUUGGCUACUGGGCUGCAAUCCUGUGUCAUGUCAUACGAGUCCGCAUGCAGUAUGUACCAAGCGGCCCGAAGAGGUGGAAUCCACAGCCACAACUUCCAGUCCCGCUGGUUUCACAAUAUCGUGUCCCGUGUGGACUACCCCAAGCUGCUCACCCUGACAGAAUACCCCACGGACGGUGCGUGGGCGGUCUUGGAGAAGGUCCGCAAGCUGUCGGACAUUGAAGUGCCAUUCUACUCCGCGGGGAAUUGGACUGACCCUGAGCUUCAUUUACCCGGCAACAUCCGCGCUUUCAACGGCAUCUCGUCCCAAUAUAAAUGGUUGGAAAUGCAUACCGGAAACCACCUGGGCGCGUUCUAUGAGCCAGAUCACAUUGCGCUGCAAAAGAAAUUCUUGGACCACUUCCUCUUCGACAAAAAGGCCAAUGGCAUACUCGAUGUCCCUCGCAUUCCCUUGCUACAGCACCACGGUACGGAGACUCUCUACCGCGAGCAUGAGGUGUCUUUCCCGCCGGCCGACGCCGAGGAUGUCAGUUUCUACCUCACCCCAGAGAAGAAGUUGUCCUUGGCCCUACCAUCCGGGAGCAAGGAGUCCUUUAGCUAUGCUGGAUUCAAGGAGUCUCUCAACUUCUCCUUGGAAUCCCCAGUUCCGGAAUCCUUUGAGCUUUUGGGAUCCCCUUACCUCGAGCUCGAAGUGUCUACACAGGCCAAGGAUCUCGAUCUCUUCGUUUACCUCCGGGCUGUGGACGCCGACGGAAAUGUGAUCGUGCUUCGUGGGAACCAUGGCGAGCCGAUGGACACCUUCGCCCGAGGAUACUUCCGUCUCUCGCACCGGGAUGAAGUUGCCAAAGACAUCCUGAAGGAGAAGGUACUGGCCCAGAAAUCCAUGGCACGCUCUGAAGUUGCGCAAGGGAAGGUUUACUCGGUCCUCGUGCCUCUGUACCCGGCGGCGUUUCUGUUUGGCCCGAACCAGAGGCUCGAGCUUGAGAUCGGUUCCGUCAACACCCCUAGCACCAUUCCCCCGAUGCGUCAUGAAGGUGGGGACAGGCUUCCGGAAGGAUUCGAGGGCGAGAACGUCAUCUUUUCUCAUGGGUAACUGGUUCUACCCCGUGUGCGGCGGUGAUUCGGGAUGUUCUUUUGAAGAAGUUCAGGGUUAUAUCCUGCCAGGUAUCUAGCGGUUCGCAGUUCGGGAAGAAUCCAUGUAGUAUAAGGAUUAGUUGCAUAUGAGUCCAUUGUCAAUAACCAGAAUGGGUUGUGGAAUUUUUGGGAAGUGCGUG